CGGCGCGGUGCCCGGGGCGCACCGGGAGGAGGGACCAGGAUCCGGCGCCGGGGCGCAGAUACUGACACCAAGGGAAUCCAGGUACCCCCCCUACGCCAUAUGAGCCCCCAGGAACUCGGCUCCUCCAUUCCAGCUGCUCCAUGGCCCCGGCUUCAAUCCUGGCCAGGCAGAAAUUCUGCGGACAUUCAGGGAUAGGCUUCACCACUGAGACCUCAGGUCUCGGCCAGCCACAAGCCCCAGAUCCCUAGCCAUCCUCCGCAGGUCCCAGUCCCGGUUUUAUCGGUGCUUUCGCCCCAGCCGCAGCUAUGCUGCACACGGAAGGACACGCUCUUCUUCGGGCCGUGGGUCAGGGUAAGCUACGCUUGGCCCGUUUGCUUCUGGAGGGAGGAGCAUACGUGAAUGAGGGUGAUGCCCAGGGGGAGACUGCGCUAAUGGCGGCCUGUCGAGCCCGCUACGACGACCCCCAGAAUAAGGCGCGCAUGGUUCGAUACCUCCUGGAGCAAGGCGCAGACCCCAACAUCGCAGACCGCCUAGGGCGCACCGCGCUCAUGCACGCUUGCGCCGGGGGUGGGGGCGCCGCAGUGGCCUCGUUGCUCCUUGCCCACGGUGCAGACCCCUCAGUCCGAGAUCACGCAGGCGCCUCGGCGCUUGUUCAUGCUCUGGACCGCGGGGACCGUGAGACCCUUGCCACGCUCCUGGACGCCUGCAAGGCCAAGGGCACGGAGGUCAUCAUCAUAACCACAGAUACCUCGCCCUCGGGCACCAAGAAGACCCGGCAGUAUCUAAAUUCCCCACCGUCCCCAGGGGUGGAAGACCCUGCUCCCGCCCCUCCUAGCCCGGGGGUCUGCACGUCGCCUUCGGAAAUCCAGUUGCAAACUACAGGAGGACGAGGGUUGCUAUCCCCUCGCGCCCAGGAAGAAGAAGAGAAGCGGGACGUAUUUGAAUUCCCUCUUCCUAAGCCCUCUGAUGACCCCUCCCCUUCUGAGCCGCUCCCCAAACCACCUCGACAUCCCCCCAAACCACUCAAAAGGCUUAACUCCGAGCCCUGGGGCCUAGUGGCUCCGCCUCAACUGGUCCCUCCUGCCGAAGGGAGACCGGGGAUCGAGCGCUUGACCACGGAAUUCAAUGGCCUGACCCUGACUGGUCGACCCCGUCUUUCCCGACGUCACAGCACCGAAGGCCCGGAGGAUCCUCCCCCUUGGGCGGAAAAAGUGACUGCAGGGGGUCCUCUCUCUCGCCGAAACACGGCGCCCGAGGCUCAGGAGUCUGGUCCCCCUUCAGGGCUACGGCAAAAACUGAGCCGCAUGGAGCCGGUGGAGCUCGACACCCCCGGACAUCUUUGCCCUGACUCGCCUGAGUCCAGUCGUCUGUCCCUCGAGCGUCGCCGAUACAGCGCCUCCCCGCUGACUCUCCCUCCAGCCGGCUCGGUUCCCUCCCCGCGCCAGUCCCAGGAAAGUCUGCCAGGGGCAGUAUCUCCGCUGAGCGGACGGAGGCGGAGUCCCGGGCUGCUGGAGCGGAGGGGCUCGGGGACGUUGCUCCUGGACCACAUCUCACAAACGCGGCCGGGUUUCCUGCCCCCGCUGAACGUCAGUCCCCACCCCCCAAUCCCCGACAUUCGCCCCCAACCUGGAGGUCGGGCGCCUUCACUGCCUGCCCCUCCCCACGCCGGGGUGCCAGGCUCUCCCAGGACCAAGCGCAAGUUGGUGAGACGCCACUCCAUGCAGACUGAGCAGAUCCGCCUGCUAGGUGGCUUCCAAAGUCUAGGCGGGUCAGGGGAAUCAGGGCGCUGAGAUAAGUGGGAGGAGCCAAAGAGGGCGGGGAUCAGACUUUGAUGGGACAGGUUGGAGAACCAGCUCUUACGCAUACCAUGGACACAGGGAUCUCUUGCAUGUGCUUAUGGCACGAUGCACGUACACAUGGGUAAACGUGUCCACAAGCACAGCAAACUUACUAGCAAGGAAGGAUAAGUACUCUGUUUACUGGUUAUACAGACAUAAGAAGUAAUGCCCUGGUCUUUUCACAUGCAUGUGGGAUUACUUGUACCCACAGGCACAGCACACCAAUAAACACACAGGACCACUUGUGCUAGGGUCCCAAACUCACUUGCAUUUGUUCAGAAGCAGUAGGGACCCCUACUUAUGGAUAUUCUCCUAUAUCUUUGCCCUCCUGCAGAAGCAAUCCCUUGCUUUCCAUGUAUGCCCUGCAACACAGCCUAUCAUGAUUUUGCACACUCUACUCAUGAAUUUUCCACUCCAUUCUGCAGGUCUUGCUUCUCUCUCCUUGCCUGGCUCCUUGUUCACACCCUGCUUCCAACCCCAAACACUUUUCAGGAUAUCUUCUUCACUCUUGUUGGGGUUCCUGCAGCAACUCUCAGUCUCAGUUCUGCUGCUUUCUUUCCAGCUUUCAACUUCCUACUUUUUAUUCCCACCCUGUUCCCUCAAACUCUACAACAGGUUGUCUCAUUUUCCCAAGGGGUGGAUCAUGGGCUCUAAGCUGCUCUACUGUCUGUCUGAGCUUAUGAACACUCCCACAGGUAGAACUGGGGAGUAGCUCUAAAUCACUCCUCACUCCACUCAACAUAUCAAAUAAAUGUGUUCAGAAGUC